UAUACACAAUGAGAAACUAAUGCCACUUCAGCAAUUUGUCAACAAAAUUUAAUUUUAUAGCAAUGCCUAUUACAAAGCAUAAUGUUGUUUAGGUUUAGUUCAGGUAUUUCAUUUUAAAGAUAAUCAAUAAUACUGGUGUAAAUGUGUCGAGGACAAUCAUAUCACGUGACGAAAACACUACCCUACUAUGAACACGGAAGUAAAAACUCCUGUGUAGCAAACAAGUGCAAAAUGUGAAGUGUUUAGUAAAAUAUAGUGAAAAUCUAGAGCUAGGAAUCAAAAUGAGCAACGAAGAGGAAAAUGACACAAUUUACGCCAACGAGGACAUUACUAAAGUUGCAAAUAUCAGCAAACUCUUACAGAACGUGCACAUUGACAAACUUUUAGAAAAUGAUAAAAGGGAAAUAGAACGUCUUGAUGAAAAUGUUAAAUGGUAUCACAAGAAAAUACCAAGAGAUACAGCAGAGCAGCUGCUUAAGGAAGGUCUUGCCCAUGCUAACUUGGAUGGUAUGUUCUUGAUAAGAGACAGUACCAGUUCAACACAGGACUAUGUAGUUUCUGUCACACAUAAGGGCAAAGUCUAUCAUUUCCAGAUCAAAGAAAUCUACAAAGGACAUUACCAAAUUGAUGAAGGACCAAUAGUUCAUGGUCUUGACAAGUUAGUUCUUCAUUAUCAAUCAUCACCCAAUGGAUUAAUUACACAACUUACACAACAUUGCUGUGCAGAAAUACCACCAAAUAAGGCAAGACAGCUAGGUCAGACAAAUGUUUUACACAGGGCUGUUGUAGAAGGAAUACCAGACCAAGUUAGAAAAAUUUUGAAUCAUAGAUUAUGUCCUGAUAUAAAUGCUAAAACGUCAUGGGGGUCUACUUGUCUCCAUGAUGCAGCAAACUAUGGCUUUGAAGAAAUUGUGAAAAUAUUAAUUGAAAAAGAGGCUGAUGUUGAGAUGAUUGACAAAGCUGGGUUUACAGCACUACAUAGAGCAUGUGUGACAAACAGACCAAGUAUAGUCAAGAUUUUAAUAGAGGAAGGAAAAUCUGAUGUUCAACUGAGAUGUCCAAAAACUGGUUGGGUGGCAUUACAUGUUGCCGCGUACAAAGGCCAUAAACAUUGUAUACAGGAAUUACUGAACCAUCAUGCACCAUUAUUUCCCAGAGCAGAGGAUGGAUCUACUCCUUAUGAAUUAGCAAAGAGAUAUAACAGAACAGAUUGUUUACAAAUAUUAAAUUUUCCAGACUACAGAUCAAUAAGAACAAGAAAAGAAUUAUGGUUUCAUUCUCAUAUUGACAGGAAGACUGCUACAAUGUUAUUAGAAGCUCAUCAAAGCAAAGAAGGACUAUUUCUAGUACGGAAAAACAAGAAAGAUGUUAACUAUCAUGUGAUCACAGUGUGUCAUAAACAUCAUGUAUUCAAUUAUGAAGUCAAGGUUAAGGACUUUAGGGGCCAGUUAGUACAUUAUAUAGAUGAUGGACCAUUAUUUGAUGGCUUAGAGAGAUUAGUAGAACAUUACCACAGAACCAAAGAUGGACUUAUAACUACAUUAACCAGUGCUCUCUCAACUGCUGAAACAGUACAACCACUUAUAUCAGAGGAUCUUGAGGAUUAUUAUAAUGUUCCAGAUAAUGAUGAAGAUCGACCAAAAUUACCACCUCGCCAUGAUAGUCCUGCAGAAGAAAUAUAUGAAACGGCAGAUGAUGGGGAUGUUCCUGCAACUCCUCCACCUCUGCCCUCUAGUCAGCCUCCUCCAGUGAAAAAGAAUAUCUCAGUAGAACCAAAGGAACCGAAGGAAGAAGAAAAAGAAGUCUGGAAUAUAAUUGAUAAAAAAGACAUUAAAAUUUUGGAAAAACUUGGAGAAGGAGAAUAUGGAGAGGUGAAGAAGGGGAAAUAUACCAGGAAAGAUGCCAAAGGGAAAAAUGCACAUAAGAUUGAUGUAGCAAUAAAAACAUUUCAUGCUGAACUUGGUAAUGAUGCAGCAUUAAAGAGCAUAAAGGAGGAAGCUAAACUAAUGUCUUCACUCAAACAUGAAUGUAUAGUAGAAUUAUUUGGAGUUUGUGACUCACCAUUUAUGUUGGUGGAGGAGUAUAUACCUGAGGGUUCUAUGUUAGAUUAUCUAGUCAAGCAUGGUAGCAAGAAAGUGAAAGUAGACAGCCUUAAACUGUGGGCUACUCAGAUAGCCAAUGGCAUGCAGUAUUUAGAGAAGAAGAGAGUUGUACAUAGAGAUCUGGCAGCUAGGAAUAUACUUGUUAUGACUUUAAUGCAGGUAAAGAUUAGUGACUUUGGAUUAUCUAGAGCCUACUCUGAUGAGAGCAGUUAUUAUAAAGCCAGUAAAGGAGGUCGAUGGCCUAUAAAAUGGUAUGCACCAGAAUGUGUAAACUAUGGGAAAUUUACGCAUGCUACAGAUGUGUGGAGCUAUGGAGUAACAUUAUGGGAAAUGUUUAGUUAUGGAGAUCAACCUUAUGGAGACAAAAAGGGAAUUGAGGUAAUACAGUUCAUAGAGGAAGGCAGUAGACUUGACAAACCAGACGCAUGUCCUGAUGUGACUUAUUUCGAAAUGAAAAAAUGCUGGAUGUCUAAACCAGAGGAAAGGCCAACAUUUCAUGAACUGUCAAAUCAUUUUGAAACAGAAAAAGAAUAUGCUGACAUAAGAGACUUUAAAAGGAGCACUUCACAUUCAAAGAAGAAAAAAUAAUUUUAUUGAUUGUUUACUUAAUGUUAAAGAUUAAUGUGAUGCAACAUUUUUAAAUAUAUAUAUAUAUUCUAUCAAGAUCAAAAAGUUAUACUGGUCAUGUUUUCAUUUUAUAUUUUUAUAGAUAUAUUUUUUGAUAAAAAGAACCAUUCAAUUUUUUGAAUGUUGAUUAUGUGAGAAGGAUACUUAGUGUGUUGGAUAAUGUACAGAGGGUAAAUAAACAAACUAAUGACUUAUAUAAUAAAAGUCUGGUCAUGCUUAAAGACAUUGUUGACUUAUUGUGGUAGGGUAAAUAGCCAUACAAAAUUACAGUUUAAUUGAUACAGAAUUUUGAAAACGGAUUACUCAAGUUAUUUAAUUUCAAUAAUAAUAAUAAAGAGUCUCUGGCGAGUUUAUUAGUACUAUUUGAAUUAAACAUGUUAAAUAACGGGAGUUGAUAUCAAGCAAAAUCUUAUUUUCAUGAGUUGUUCAACCUAUUUCUCGUAUGGACAACACUCCUUUUGUUUUAAAUAAGUUAGUCUUGGCUUUUGCAAAUACCAGUAUGGUGUCAUAUGUCUAUUCAGGCAUACAACUUUAAUAUUAGACAUUUUAAAACAUUUUGUAUGCUUCAGACUGUAAAACAUUUUGUAUGCUUCAGACUGUAAAACAUUUGACAAAACGAAGAUUCCAGAUGAAAAGUGUGAGUGAUUUGUAUAUCAUUGAAGAAAUCAACAUUUUGGUUGCCAAAAUUGCUGUUUUUGUAUUUUUUCCCACAUAUAAGCUUUCAAUAAUUUUUUUUUAGCUGUAACUGACAAUCCAAUUUUCUGUAACCAAAAAAUGGCACUAGAUCAGGGUUGCAGGCUUGCAGCCAAUGUAUUUUUUUUUCUUAUUUAAAAUCCCUGACACAAUUUAAUUGGUGCUAAACAUAUAGUGUUAAUGUAUUGUUGAUUGUUUAUUAUUAAAAGCAUUUUUACUAUAAAUAAUGUCUUAAAGUGUUACUUUUCCAACAUUAUUUGUCAACCUAAUGCAGUAAUAGGUCAAAGUUAUCAAAUUGUUUAUUUUGAAU